ACCUCUCAUACCUGACUUUUUUUUUUGUUUUCUCAUUGUUCGGUAUUGUAUUGGAGUUUGAUUAAUUUAAAUUCGCACUAAGUAGAGUUUCAUUUGAAGAAUAGCUCUUUGUACGAAGAUUUUUUCAUAUCCAAGCUCGAAUCUAACCUCUAAUUAAGAAAGAAACAGCCUAUCCAUUGCACCAAAUCCUUCGAUGAUUCUCGUACCUGGCUUGUAAGGCGCUGGAAGUUUCUUUCACUGUUGCCCAUUCGAAAGAAGUCUCUCAACAUUUUUCGAACUUUCAAGAAUCUUAAACCUAACACUCUUUUCUCUCUCUCUAUAUAUAUAUAUUGCACCAUCAAACACCCACACUCAUCACAGUAGUUAAGAUAUAAUCAAAAAUCAAGUCUAGAUAAGAUGAGGCUCAGCAAAUUGUCAUUGCUCAUCAUUUCAGUUGGCUGCAUUAUUUUGCAGGUGGCAUCAAUAGGGGCAUAUGGAUCAUCACUUUUACCACUAAUGUUGGACCAAAUGAUGGGGAAUCCCAGUAAUCUACUUGGCGAAAGUACAUUUCUUGAUCCAUUUAGAAUGUUAGAACAAAUACCGUUUGGACUUGAAAGCAAGGAGGAGAGUCUUUCGAUUGCAAAAGUGGACUGGAAAGAGACGGCAGAGGGGCACGUGAUAAGAGUAGAUGUGCCAGGAUUGAAGAAAGAGGAUAUGAAGAUAGAGAUUGAAGAGAAUAGAGUGUUGAGAGUGAGCGGAGAGAGGAAGAAAGAACAACAACAACAAGACAUAAAUGAUGAUGAUAAUCACUGGCACUGUGUUGAAAGGAGCUACGGCAAGUUCUGGAGACAGUUUCGUCUGCCUGAGAAUGCUGAUAUUGAUACCUUAAAAGCUAAGCUUGAGAAUGGGGUGCUCACUAUUUCUUUUACUAAGUUGUCUCCUGACAGAAUUAAGGGUCCUAAAGUUGUCUCUAUUGAGGGAAAAGACUCUUAUGUUUCCUCUGCUAAAGAAGAGCUCUAAUUAAUUAUUGUUGGGUUUCUUUGUUUGGUUUAUAAUCCAGUGUUGUGUAUGAUUUAAGGUAAAUAAUUUUUAGCAUCAUCUUGUGGUUGUCGUAUUAUUUUAUGGCUAGUGAUAUUAGUUUAUUUUGCAGAUUGUACUAAUUUAUAUGUAUAUAUUUUGUGUUUGUUAUACUACUAUUGGUCCUGAA